AUGGCAAAACACGUUAUUCAUGUCAGGGAGGUUUUGAGUGUUCUGUCCAAGCAUCAGCUAUUUUCCAAUCGCAAGAAGUGCCACUUUGGUUGCACGCAGGUUGAAUACUUGGGACAUAUCAUCACGGCGGAGGGUGUCGUUGCUGACCCGAGCAAGAUCCAAGCGAUGACAGAUUGGAAGCAGCCUCGUAAUGUGAAGGAAUUGAGGGGAUUCUUGGGUCUUACGGGUUACUACCGUAAGUUUGUUCGAGGGUAUGGUGUGGUAGGUAAGCCUCUCACGGAGCUGCUCAAGAAGAAAUGCUUUCAUUGGAGUGAGACUGUGACAACAGCCUUCGAGACAUUGAAAAAUGCGAUGACUACUGCCCCUGUACUCGCGUUACCAGAUUUCAGCUCUCAGUUUGUCGUCGAAGCGGAUGCAUCAAGGAUAGGUCUGGGAGCAGUCUUGAUGCAACAUCACAUUGGCCUACUACAGUCAGACUCUGACUGA